AUUUAUCUCUUGUUUUGCGUCAUGCAAAAACCCCUCUAGUAUUGGCUAAAGUUCUAUAAUUACGUACACAAAAUCGAAGACAUACAUCAAAUGAUCUUAAACAAACAUGAAAAUCAGUCAUAAAAGGAAAGAAAAGAAAAGAAAGAAAAGAACUGGAAAAAGAAAAGAAAAGUAUACUGCAGCCACCUUUUCACAAUCAUAAAAGCACGUAGAUCAACGCUCAAAGUAAAGGAAGGGAAGAGGAAGGGAAGAGGAAAAGAAGAGGAAGGGAAGAGGAGGAAGGGAAGAGCAAGGCAAACGGAGUGGACGGCGGCAGUGCAGGUCCAGCAGGCGCAGCGGUAGGAGGCGGCUGGCGGUCGGAAGGUUCAUUUACGGCAAUCAAUAGCUAAAGUUGCUGAUUAACAGCAACAGCUCAUCAAGUUUCCCAAUCAAAGAUAAACCUUAUUUAUACCCUAAGUGUGGUGUCUUGCCACACUUUGUGUGUAAAUAGACAACUUCUUUCUCACUCUCAGAGCAGUCGUCUCCUUCUCUGGUAUAGGUUACUCCUGUACCCGUUAAGGGGAUUCCUGCUCUAAGACUGUGAACUGACAGUUUGAAAGUUCGUACUGCUGAAGAGAAGAAAAGGAGGAGGAACAAAGAAGCAUUUUGAAGCCUCUGAUAUUUCCAGUGAAUAUGGUAGCUCCAUAUGAAAUUGGUGACCCAGUACGAUCGUUUGUACGAGUUCCAGGAAGUGGAUCUGAUAAGACAGCGAAGUCAUUAUGCUGUGAUCUUGCCAGGGUAUCGGCAGCAGCUGCGGCAAUCCCUGUGCGGCCAGUCACUGCAGCUACCACACAGCCAAGGUCAGCAGAAGGAGAAAAUAGGGAACAGAAUGCAGUAGUGAAAAAGGAAGAGGUGCAAGUCAAGGUUGAAAAGGAUGAAGCAGCUGGAGAGUCAGAGCACUCAGCUGCUGAGCAGAGAAGAGAAGUGAAAUGCAAGAAGCGCCUUGCAGAAGAUUCAGAAAUAAUGGUGCAUGCCAAAAGGAGCUGUGUAUCAGGUGAAGAGACAUCUAAAGUUUCACCUGAUUCCUCUAAAGACACAAACACCAGUAAAGGAGGAGAAAGGUCUGCUGUUCAUGAAAAGCUGAAUAUUUUAGAAAAGCAAUGUAUUAAACUAAAACAGCAAAAUCAUCAGCUGCAGCAGAGAUUGUCUUUAUUCUGCAAGCUUUUCAAGGAUCCAAAGAAGCUUGCAUUUGCAUUAAAACGAAUGGAAGCUCAAGCUAACUAAUUUCUUUUCUCAAUGUAGUUACUCAUCUGCCAAAGAGAUACUUAAUAGGAAGAUUUAACCCAUUGGCUCCGGCACAUGCACUGUUACCUUAAUUCUGUUUACACAUAGAUGGCUUCACAAGUGCUUAGUCAGCAAGGGGUCAAUUCUUAGGCUAACCUGAUCUCACCUGAAAAAAAAACAUUUUUAUUACUGUUUUGUUAUUAAAGUUAUUUUUGUUGAUAAUACCAUUAUAAUUUUAAUAACAAGGUACCCAGAAUAAAACUAGAAACUUUCUUUUCCAAAUUUCAAGGAAAGGAAUUCAAAAGAUGGGACCCAAGUAUUAACUCUUUACUGACUAAAUAUUUCUGGAGCCAUCCAGUUGUAAACAGAAUUUGUAAAAUAACCAAUGGACAGUGUAAGUGAUCCAGUUGCAAGUUGCAAAUAGCCAUCAUUUUGAUGAAACUUUCAUUAUGUUUUGGCAUUAUUUGAUUAACUUGUUAACUAUAAUUCACCGUCCAAGUGGCAAGGUGCCAGUUUCAUGAAUACACUCUAUGUAUAUUCAAACCCCAUUGUGGCAAGGUGCCAGUUUCAUGAAUACACUUUAUGUAUAUUCAAACCCCAUUGUGGCAAGGUGCCAGUUUCAUGAAUACACUCUAUGUAUAUUCAAACCUCAUUGUGGCAAGGUGCCAGUUUCAUGAAUACACUCUAUGUAUAUUCAAACCCCAUUGUGGCAAGGUGCCAGUUUCAUGAAUACACUCUAUGUAUAUUCAAACCUCAUUGUGGCAAGGAGCCAGUUUCAUGAAUACACUCUAUGUAUAUUCAAACCCCAUUGUGGCAAGGUGCCAGUUUCAUGAAUACACUCUAUGUAUAUUCAAACCCCAUUGUGGCAAGGUGCCAGUUUCAUGAAUACACUCUAUGUAUAUUCAAACCUCAUUGUGGCAAGGAGCCAGUUUUUAUGAAUGACAUGUUUGUUCAGCCUAAUUAUGGCAAGAGGCUAGUUUUGUUGAACACUAUGCAUAUUGAACAUUAUCAUGUCAAAGAAGUAGUUUUGUAAACUGAUGUACUCAUUCAGGUAGCAGAGGGCCAGCUUUGUAUGAAGAGAAACUACCUGAAAAUCUGAUGAACCAUUAACCUGUGUAUGUCCAAAAAAGCUAUGAAGAGAUUUGAAAGUUUGUUAUAUACUUAUUAUUAUGAUACAGAGCUGGUGUUAAUGAAUUGCCUAAUGUUUCAAAAGAGAAAAUUUUAUGUACAUGUUUUGUAAUUGGAUUAUGUAGAUGAAGUAUAUUGACAUUAUAUAAUUCUAGAAAAAGUUUUGUUUCAUUAAUUUAUGACAUUAAUUAUUAUAAUACUUAAAAUGCAUAGUGUUAUUGUCUUUUCUGACAGUUGGAGCUUAGGCGACAUCUCUCACACAGCGGGAGUUGAAGAGGUGGUAAACAUUUAUUGAGUUGCCAGAUGCAUACUGCUUGCAUCAGUUAUUUUCAUGCAAAUCUAUACUUAUACUGGGUAUCUAUAAUCUUAGUACAACCCACCGUAAGAUAUCAAAAGCCAUCUAGGAUAUAUUUCAAAAUACUGUGUACCAGUCAAAUAAAUAACCAAUACAAUAAAACAGCCAGCUGUCAACUGCAUCCCCAUUACGUCACAGCAGUGGGUUUAUCUUGUGGCCUGUCUGGCCUCUGAUCACGAGACAGGCUUUGGGUGUUGUGUGAUGUCUCGUGACACCCAAAACCUGCUAACCUUCCUCGUGAUUGGAGGCCAAACAGGCUGCAUGCUCUGCCCACUGCUGUAAUGUAAUGGGGAUGGCUGCAGGUGAUGGCUAGCUGUUUUUUACUGUGUCGUUUUUUUCCGACUGGUGCACAGUAUUUUGGAAUAUAAUAUCCUAGAUGGCUUUUGAUAUCUUGUGGUGGGUUGUAUUGAUAUAGAUAUCCAGUAUAAGAACAAAUUUACAUGAAAUUAACUGAGGUAAGAGGAAUGCAUCUGGCAUCUUGUUAAAUUUUACUGCCUAUUCAAUUCCUGUCACAUGAAAGGUUUUGCCAUUGGAAAAGACGGCUCUAAGUCCACAUUAUUAGGAGUUUGGAUUAAUCUGGUUUGAAUCUUUAUUCAUGGAUUGUUGUGUUUCCUUUUGUCAGACUAAUUUAUCUGGACUCUGAAGUUCUGCUUUGGUGUUUCUUUUCCUACUGUGCCUGUUCUUUUUUUAGUAGUUUUGUAUAGUAAAUGUAUAUGGAACAAGUCAUUUUGAUUUAUUGGUACCAGCUACUGUAAAUGUCAUUGACACCCAGAGCAGAGUUAUUUUUUAUUCUGUACACGUUUUCUAAACAUAAAACACAGUACCUUACCUAAGGUCUUGAUAGUAGCUGUGUAGUAAUUUCACGCACCCAGAGAUCUUAUUUUUCCUUGAGCAGUUAUAUAUGCAUCAUGUUAGUAUGAGUGUAGGUAUGUUGUAGAAAAGUGGUCCUUAAACUGAAUUACUUGAACUUAAUUUCAGUAAAAGUAAAAUGGCCACAAAGAUAAGGGUAACUUUAGUCCAGGAUUAAAGGGUAAAAAAAAAUCGAUUUGCCAAUUUCAAUUUUUACUAUUAAUAAAGAACAGAUGAAUUUGAAAUAUAUUUAUAAUUACAGUUGAAGUGAAUCCAGGCUUAUGUACACCUUGCCACACAUAUAAAUAGAGCAUAUUAUCACUCAUGACUGGCUUGUUGACAUUAGCCGAUACCAUCUUGGAGUUUGUGAGACAAACUAUAUCACCUCCAAGAUAAACCAACAUGCCAGAUAAAUUAACAUGCCAUUCAUGGUGCUCAUUUUCACACAUGUGGAAUUAAAUAUUUAGAAGCCUGGACUAAGGAUUGAAUCCACUCCAGCAGUGGGUUGUGCAAGAAUUUUCUUAUAGAUUUAUUAUUUCCCAUGUCAUUUUGGCGGUUUCCUUUCAUAUUUUUUUGUUAUUGCCAUUUAUUUUGUUUCUACAUGAAUGUGAAAAUUUAGUUGAUUCCUACUUGUAUGAAUGUGCAGUUUAAACAUUUGUUAUUAUUAUUAUAGAUUACACCAGUAAACCUACUUAGAAACCUUGCUAGCUAACAGUUUACUUACAUUUCUUUGCUGUGCUUUUGAACUGAAAAGAGAUAUGGAAUAAAGCAUUUUUACAAACUUCCACUACUAACUAGUAUAGAAAUCCAGUGAUUAAUUGCACUCAGUAGUGCAAUUCCUGUUGGGAGCAUUUACAUUGUUAAAGAUUAAAAUCUUAACAAAACAUGUGUAAAGUACUAUGCAUAAGUGCCAACACAGUUUGCCCAAGAAUUGGCAUGCUGCAUAGUGCCUGAAAAGAAGCUUGCUCAGCACGGUGCCUGGACAUUAGCAUUAUUUUCAGUACAUUAAGUCUGUUCAUAGACACUAUGUACAAGCAUUGUGUAUAGGCAUCUUUACAUAAUUAUGCAAAUUUCCAGAAAAUUAAUAUCUAGAAGCAAACAUCAUUCAGGAAUGUUUACACAUUACCUGGGUGACAGAUUGUGCCCAGCAGUGAAUUAUCAGAAUGAUUUAUGAUGGUUUCAAAGUUGAUAUUUUACUUUAAAGAUUGAAAUUGUAGAGCCAUGAAAUUAAUUAUGUUAGCAAAUAACCUCAAUAUAUAUAUGGUUUCUCAAGUCUUUUCAUUAUACUUUAUAACAAUAGAAUAAUCUCUAGGGUGUUUGGUUAAAAUAUACUAAUGUUUUUAGUGUUGUCUGUCUCAGGUUUUUAAAAAACAGGGAUCAUUUGGUGUACCUUUCUUCAUAUAACUUGUGUCUCUUGUAGAUGCACUUUGAUUUUAUUGCUAAAACCUUUAUUUGAAAUUUUCUUGAUACUUUGUGAUUGAGAUCUGUUUCAUGAUUUAGUGGAAUCAUGAAUGGCUAUACAUCAAACCUUUAUAUGUACUAAUGUCUACAGAAAAGAAAAACAGUUGAAGUAGGUUGGGUCAUGCCAAGGUGUCAGGUGGGAAGAGUGGCCAACCAUAGUGCUUGUCAUCCUUCACAUAUACGACAUGAGACCUCUACCUGACCUAACCUUUGUUGACCUAGAAGGUGAGUAGGUUAGGUCAGGCUGAAGUCUCAGGCAGUAUACAGGAAGAAUUACUAGCAUAAUGCUCUUUCACCCUUUCCAUAUACUGCCUGAUACAUCAGUUUGACCCAACCUAUCUCCAUACACUUUUGAAAAACCUGAGAUAUGAGUAGAUGGAUAAUACUUUAUCAUUAUUUUGGUUUGAUGGCUUUUAUACUUUUAAGAAUAUUUCUUUUACAGAAUGUUUAUAAUAUGUCUGCAUAAGCUGGUAUACCACAGAUUUUGUAUUUUAAAUAUAAUAAUUAGAUACUGUCAGCACCUGUCCUUACCAGCAUUCUUUUGAAAGUAGUAAAAUUAUUCUUUACCUGGAAGCAAUCUGCAGUCUUUUAUGUAGCAGACAAUCAUGGAUAUUGUGCAAGGUAAUUAAAUUUAGUUGCCUAUGUUAUUGUAGACAUGUAUAACUCUUAUGAAUUGAAUAAACUUUUAACUGUAAAUAAUUUUACACCCUUAGCUUAAGACCUGUACAUAUUGAUAGCUAAUAAAGGCUGAAAAUGUCUGGUCUUGAAAAAUGUCAGAUACAGUAUCUACAUCAUUUCUAUAAUUUUGGUUUAAUUCUUAAUAACUUUGCAAAUAAUUUCAAUCUCUUGUCUGUUCUCAGUUGGUCUCAGUUGGACACUUAGAAAGGCUAAGACUGGUUUAAUCUCUGAUUAUAAGUUGUAGACACAUUAUUUUGUCUUUUGAACAAAGAACAAAAUUAAUAUUGCCAAGUUACCCUCUACAGAAAUGUAUCAUGAGGAAGAUGAAAUGUAAUUUGUGGGUAAAAAGGCCCAUUGAAAGGUAAGAAAUACAGAAAAAACUCAUUUAAAGCUGAUGUUGGCUAGACAACAAAUAUGAUCCAUGAAUAAUGCCAGAAUGUUAAAGUGUGAUUAUUUUGUUGAAAUAUUCUCGAUAAAUGUGGUAAACCCA